GGCUGAUAGUUUCCGGUAGUAUGGCGUCUGCAUCCCUAAAUGCACCCAUUCCCUCUCCUUAGUUUCUCCAAGGAGGUGCUGAGAGCCAGUGUGGUUCCUUCCAUGUGGCUUGAGGGACUAUGCUGCUGCUGGUAGCUCUGUGCCUGGUCUGCACUUAUGAAACCAUCUCCGCCACAGACAGCGGGCAGGACAGCAGCCGCACACCACAGCUGGACUACAGCAGCCUGGCACUGCCUCAGCAGCAUAUUCCUUUCUUUCUGCACAACAACAAACGACUGGCCAAACUAUGCAAGGAGGACCCACUUUGCCCUUUUAAAGAUGCUCUGCUGCUCAAGAAGGCCUGCUGGGGGUAUGAAAAGAGCUGCUCCCCUGAGCACAGGUUCAGCUAUCCUGUGUGCACCAGUUUUGACUCGGGAUGGGCAAACUCUAUUCAGGCUGCCCAGGAACUGUUCUGGAAGCAGGCAGAUUUUGGCUAUGUGAGGGAGCGUCUCAGUGAGAUGAAGACUUUGUGCAAGCCUUUGAGUCCUGGUGAUUCCUCUCUGAAGUGCACCAGUCAUAUGCGGUUCUGCUGGGCCAAAAACCUGUACCUGGACCUGAGGAGUCCCCGCAGAGGUCAUGAGAGGUAUAAUGAGGAUUUCCUGGAACAGGGUGAGAUCGGUGGUCACUGCAUCCUUAAUAGUAAAGCACUAGCCGCAGAAGGGACACACAAGAGUCCUCUUCAGUCUUGGUUUGCUGAGCUGCAGAUGUACUCAGAACUUGACUUCCAUCCCCUGGAUGAUGGCCAUUGUGAUGUUAUAAUCGACAGACCAACCGUCUUCAUGAAGCUGGAUGCAGGAGUGAAUAUGUACCAUCAUUUCUGUGACUUUGUCAACCUCUACAUCUCUCAACACCUCAACAAUUCCUUCAGCCGUGACAUUAACAUUGUCAUGUGGGACACAAGUUUGUAUGGAUAUGGAGACCUGUUCAGUGAAACAUGGCGGGUUUUUUCCGAUUAUGACAUCAUUCACCUCAAAAACUUUGACUCCAAAAGGGUGUGUUUCAGAGAUGCGUUUUUCUCACUCCUUCCAAGAAUGCGAUACGGCCUUUUCUACAACACCCCUCUUAUCUCUGACUGCCACAGUGAGGGGCUGUUCAAGGCGUUUUCUCAGCAUGUCCUGUAUCGACUUGGUGUCCCACAAGAUGGACCGAAGGAGGGCCAAGUUCGUGUCACACUGUUGGCAAGAAGCACUGAGUACCGUAGGAUAAUAAACCAGCAGGAGCUUAUCAAUGCCCUGAAGACUGUGCCUUUAUUCGAGGUCAAGCUGGUGGAUUACAAAUACAAAGAGAUGCCGUUUCUGGAGCAGAUCCGUGUCACACACUACUCUGAUAUCUUCAUUGGGAUGCAUGGAGCUGGACUGACCCACCUCCUCUUUCUUCCCGACUGGGCCGUCAUAUUUGAAUUGUACAACUGUCAAGAUGAGAGCUGCUACCUAUAUAUAUAUAUUUUACUAUAUUUUGUUCUGUCUCAGGGUCACCACCCUACUCUUGGGGAACAUCCUAAGUUUACCAACUACACUUUUGAUGUUGAGGAGUUCAUGAGGUUAGUCCUUCUAGCGGCUGAAUAUGUGACCCGGCACCCGGCGUGGCGUGCAAAACAGGCUAGAGAUGAACUGUAGCCUGUAAGACAUGGUGGUCUCCUGCCUGGAGAUGAACACACUCCUAUGAACUCUCUGCACUCUGUAAAUGUAGCCGUGUUAACGAAAAGCGUAUGGUUAAUAUGUGAAAGCACAUUUUAAAUUCAUCAAAAAAACAUGUGCGCUGUUACAGAUCCUCUAGCUGUCUCGUUUUGCACAUGGAGGUGAUGUGUACCUUGGUAGACAAAUUGUUUUGACAUUGUUGAUGUAUUUUGUGUGGUCUUAAUAUACCUCUCCUCAAGUAUACGAGGGCUUUUUUUAGAGACUACACCUUUAAACCUGAUUUGAGUGCAGCUUUGUAAUGGCAAAGGUUUGAAUUUCAAUACAGGGAGCAAAUUAUAGGUCAGUAGAUUAUUACAAGGUAGUAAGAUGUCUUUAAACAGCACUGUUUUUUCUGAUUAUAAAGUGAUCAGGCUUUGGGUACUGAACUGAUGCUGAGUAGUUCACCCACAUAGUUUGGUAGCAUUUUGUUUUAUAACAAUCAAACCACAUUUAAAGCAUUUUUUUUAUUUUGCUUUUUUAAUGCAUUACGGCAAAGGAGAUUACAUCAGCUUCAUAUUUAUUACAGUGUCCGUUACUUUUUUUAUUUGUGUUCAGUGAAAAUAGUCAUCUUGUAAAUGUUAAACUAUGUUAAGGGAUUCAUGGCUCCAGUCCUGUUGAACCAAUUGAGAUACUGGUUCAGUAUUGCUCCAUUUUAUAAAGUAUUUUUAAAUCAGUGUUAAGAUCCUCAGACCCGUCAAAAAGUGGCGAAACAGUAACAAAAGUUGCUGAAUUUUUAGUGCUGGUUUGAGUUGAAAGAGUUUGUGAAAAUAUCUGUUUUGUAUUGAAUGGAAUUUUAAACUGAA